UUUUUCCUGUAGAGGCGAGCUGCGAAUGAGGGAGGUAGAUUCCCGUAUCGAGCGAGUCGGGAAUUAAGGUAGUAGUAGUAGGUGACAGUUUUGGGGGACCUUAGAUCCGCCAGAGAGGUCCAGAGUGGGUAUGUGUUCGCUUAUUAUGUAGGUAGGUGUUCUAUCUUGCUCUGGUGACGGCUCAUGCUACGCUGUAGGAGAUAGAGGAGGAGGACGUCAGGUCAUCAGCCGAUGGAUGGGUCUAUACGUGCAGUUACAGUAUGCAGUUGGGCAAAUUGAAAAUGAUUUGAACUUGCGAAGGAGCAUAUCCUGAUUGUCGUAUGCUUGUCCUCUCGUUGCCCGAGUGUGCCUAUUCCUCUUUCGUCGGAAAGGCCUUUUUCGGCAUUCUGUGAAGGGUAUCAUGGGCCGCUUUUGCGAAGCAUAUACCUAGUCGCCUCUACUGCACUACCCCGCAAGCUGCAAAGUGUCUUUGGAGAGCAACAUAUUGGCUCUCAUCCGUACGAGAGCUCCUUGGAUGGUAGAGCCGAAAAUCUGCUACGCUCUUGUCUCCUACGAUAAGAAGAUCUUCGGGUUCCAGGUAAGUAUUUCAAAUUUCUGGCUUGAUCAGGGUGUAUGCGCCGAAUGCGACUACAUUCUCCUACCGAUCGGAGGAUCUGUCUUGGCUGUAUAGAUGGGAUUAGCAAGCAGUAGAGGUAGG